CUCAGCAGUCCUGCACUCCACUGUACGAUUGGGUGCGAUAUCUCCUGAACCACAAGGAUGAGCUAUCCCCCUCAUUCCAUGAGCUCUGGUAGCAGAGGCUCAAGAAGGACAUUGGAAUUCGGGAGGACCUAUGUGGUGAGGCCGAAAGGGAGACACCAGGCUACAAUUGUUUGGCUGCAUGGCCUUGGCGAUAAUGGCUCUAGCUGGUCCCAGGUUUUGGACUCACUUCCUCUUCCAAAUAUAAAGUGGAUUUGCCCUACUGCUCCUACUCGUCCUGUGACAUUGCUAGGAGGAUUUUCCUGCACUGCAUGGUUUGAUGUUGGAGAUCUUUCAGAAGAUGGUCCGGAUGAUUGGGAAAAUUUGGAUGCUUCAGCAGCACACAUUGCUAACUUGUUGUCAGCGGAACCAGCUGACGUUAAAGUCGGGAUUGGAGGCUUCAGUAUGGGUGCGGCAACGGCCCUCUACUCAGCAGUUUGUUGGGCAUUGGGUAAAUAUGGAAAUGGCUAUCCUUACCCUGUCAACUUAAGGGCCGUGAUGGGUCUCAGUGGCUGGCUCCCUGCUUCAAGGAGCUUGAGGAGUAAGAUUGAAGGGUCCAGCGAGGCCGCAAGAAGAGCUGCAUUCUUGCCGAUUCUGCUUUAUCAUGGAACAUGUGAUGACUUAGUGCCCUAUAACUAUGGAGAGAGGUCGGCUCGCUACUUGAGUUCUGCAGGAUUCCGUUAUCUUACAUUCAAAUCCUUUGACGGGAUCGGCCACUACACGGUGCCUAGGGAGAUGAGCGAUCUCUCCAAUUGGAUCGCUGCAAGGCUGGGGCUCGAAGGAUCUCGUUCUUAAUUUUGGAGCGAAUUCUCGUUGUUUGUUUGAAAUCAGAGAGAGAGAGAGAGAGAGAGAGAGUAGUAAAAAGAGAGUAGUCACUCUUUACAUCUUCUCAUGCCUUGCUGUGGCAAUAAAAGUUCUCAAAAUGUACGUGCAAUGAUCUAUUAAUAAAGCAUCUUCUAUUUCUCAUGCAA